AUGUACAACUACCCAGGUGCCCCAGCCUUCCACCGUCCCCCGGCCUAUGCAGGCUCGCCGCUGGGCAUGGCGCCGCCCGGCGUCGGUGCGUUGCUGCCCCAAGACGGCCUUCUGCACUGCUCACAUCUCCCAGCACUGCCGCCCGCCGCCGCCGCCCCCGCCGCCGCCGCCGCUCCCCCCGGCGUUGCGCACACACAGGGCCCUCCACAGCUCGGCGGCCCGCGCCCCCUCCCCGCCAACUGGCAGCCGCCCGCCAACAUGCCCAACUUCAACUUCAACGCCCCCGUCAUCCGCCUCGGCACGCAGUCGGCCCGCGCUGGAGCUGCCGACAGCCCCGUCGGCGGCCGCAAGGAGAGCGCAGCCAUGCCCGCGCGCCGGGGCCUGGGCAUGGACCGCGACGGCGAUCGCAGAGACGCGCCCCAGCAGGUCAUACCGCCCACGCGCGAGGAGAUCGCCCGCACCAUCUUCGUCGGCAACAUCCCCGACGGCGUCGGCGGAGACGACGGCAUGGAGCGCAUCCUCGAGACCGCCGGGAAGCUGGUGCGUUGGACGCGAGCGACCGACGCCAACAACAAGCCCCAGACCUUUGGCUUCGCAGAGUUCGCCGACGCACAGAGUCUCGAGACGGCAGCCGACAUCUUCCAGGACGUCAAGGUCCCCUCGAAGCGACAGAAGCCGGGCCAAGAAAAAAAGGACGACGACGACGAGGUCGAGACAAGCCAGCUGCACGUCAUGGUCGACGAUGCGUCGGUCAAGUACGCUGAGGAGUGGAGCAAAACCCGCAACGAGGACGAGGCCACCGUCCAGUUCAGACUCGACAGCGCAAAAGAAGCCUUGUCAGGUGUGCUUGCGAGCCUGUUCCACCCGCCCAACGUGCCGCAGAGGGACUAUGGCGGCGACGUCAUGAUGCAGGACAUGCCCGCCCAGGACGGAGACGGGGUCGAGGUCGCUUUUGUCAACCUGACCAACGCCGAGGACGAGCUUGCCGACAUACCCGCCGACAUGCGCGAGAUGGUCGCCGCCGAAAUCGCGGCUUUCCGCGACCGUUCAAACCAGCGCGACCGCGAACGCCUUCGGAGAGAAGAGGAGUUGGAGGAGGCAGAGCGUCGCCGUAGCGGUAGGCGCUCACCACCGCCAGCAGCGCCUGCUGGGCCCGGUGGCGCCAACAGCGUUCCCGUAGGACCAAGAGCAGAUCGAGGCGUCCAGGGCGCGCCCAGCGGUCCGCGAGGAUCCCAGUUCCCCAAGGACUACCAGGGAGGCGUCCACUUCACAAACGGAGGCUCACUCAACGGUGGCGCCUACUUCAGCCGCGAAGACGACGACGACUCGGCCAGCGAUUCGGACAUGGAGCGUCGCCGCAAGAAGAAGCGGGAUGAGGAACUGGACAACGAGUACCAAAGGCAGCUUGCCAAGUGGCUCAAGCACGAGAGCAGAAGCGUCUCUUCACUGGAACGCACAAGUGAUCGCAUCAAGAACCAGGAAGCGGAGCGGCAAGCGGCUCGCGAUGCCCAGGCGAAGCAGCUCCGAGACUUUGACGAUGAUCAGGAAGCCGCCGCGCGGCGCCAUCUCUACUACCGCGAUCGCGGCGAGUACAUGCGUGAGCGUGAAAAGGUCCGCGAGCGUGAGGCAAAGGAAGACGCCGUGGACCGGGCACAGGAGCAGCGCGAAGUGGCCUCCCAGCAGAAGCAACGAGACCACGCCCGUGGCCAAGCCGAUGCCUUCCUCGAGCAGCAAGCCGACGAGAGGGAGCGCACACGAGAGCCCCGCGAGCCUCAGCAUUUCAAAAUCUCCCUCGGCGCCGCCGCCAAGAAGCUCGAGACCGCGGCUGCCCCUCGUCGCACCGCCGCCGACGUCGAAAACCUCCUCGAAGACGAAGAAGUCACAGACCAGACGGGCGGCCGCAAGCGCGCCCUCAUCCCUAUCAACUUCGACGCUGCGGUUCGCGCCAACCUCACGCAGGAAGAGAUUGAGGACGCGCAGCGACAGCUGGCUCGGGACAUUCCCAACGACAAGGACGGUCUGUGGAAGUGGCCCGUCUCUUGGGAGCAUCUGCCGGAGAAGAACAUCGACAAGGACAUCAAGGACUGGGCGGCAAACAAGGUCCUGGAGCUCAUGGGUCUGCAAGAAGAGAUGUUGGUCGAUGCUAUCGUUGAGCACCUGAAGAGCAGAGGAAGUCCGCAGGCUCUGGUUGAGAAUCUCGAGGUGGCGCUCGACGACGAAGCAGAGUCUCUUGUCAAGAAGCUCUGGCGCAUGGUCAUCUACUACAGCGAGACGGAGAAGAGAGGCAUCAAAUAG